AGAGAGAGUGUAGUAAAGAAAUAUUGCAUGUAAUCCCGACUAUGCCCCGGCAAACAAAAUAUUGCGAGCAAAGGAAAUGACUGCCGGCUUCAGCUUGGUCCUAAGUUCGCCAUUACCUUGUUCAUCCACUGCGAUUUGCUCUCACAGUAACUCCAUUCAUCGGAAUCACCGAUCAGCUUCAAACCCACAAUUACUCUCUCCGAUCACAAACCCGUCUCAUCUUCGACCUCCUCGAUUCUCUCGCCGCCUUAGGGCUUCAUCAUCAGCAUCCGCCAUGGAAGCCGAGCAUACCCAAACCACCAAUCCCAGCAGCGCCUCAGCUCCGCAGAUGAAGCUCUUGUUCGUUGAGAUGGGCGUCGGCUACGACCAACAUGGACAAGACAUUACGGCGGCUGCUAUGCGGGCUUGCAGAGACGCCAUCUCUUCAAAUUCAAUCCCUGCGUUUCGAAGAGGAUCAAUACCUGGCGUUUCAUUUGAGCAGAUGAAGCUGCAGAUCAAGCUAGGUGUGCCUCAUUCUCUGCAACACUCUUUGGAUGUUGAAAGAGUCAAAUCAGUCUUUCCUUAUGGUAAAAUUUUGAAUGUUGAAGUCGUGGAUGGUGGACUGAUAUGCUCAAGUGGUGUGCACGUGGAGGAAAUGGGAGAUAAGAAUGAUGAUUGUUACAUAGUAAACGCAGCAGUUUAUGUUGGUUACUAGCUUGUUUGCUUUCAUCCACAUUGACAUUAGAGUUUUCUUCUUUUCA